ACUUUGCGACAAGUCGUCAUUAGAAGUCGCCGGCGAGAGAGAGCAGACCGAUGGCUCCCGUCGUCAAGCGUUAACUAUAUUAGAAACUGUUUUAAUUUUACUGCAGAUUUAGUGGAGUGGUGCUAUGUCUUCGGGAAUGACUGGACACACGUCGUGCGUAACCAGCCGAUGGGACAAGACAGCCCAACCUAAACAGAAUGUAGAUGUGAGACAGCAGAGGAAAAGUGAAAAUGCAGCCCAUUCCGUCUCUUUAUCCGGAGUCGUCAGUACUGCUGGAUCAAACAGCGCAGUUUCCCAGCCAGCACAAAUGGGAGAAAAGCCAGCGCCUCAGGGAGGAGUUGAAAUGGCUGCGGCCAUGGCUGCUAAAAUUAAUGCCAUGCUAAUGGCAAAAGGAAAGCUGUUGACUCCUCCACCUUUACUUGCGAAGACCCCUCCAAGUAUGCCUGUGCCAACCACUACAGAUGAGAUGGUAGUCACAGAGGUCGACAUAAAUGACGUACCGCUAAAUUGCAGAGAUCUUCUUACAAAAGGCAAAACACAGGAGGAGAUCCGACAGUUUAGUGGAGCAGUCGUCUCAACAAGAGGUCAUUACAUGUCUGAAGUGGAAAAGGGAAAAACAGGACAAAGACCCUUGUAUUUACAUGUCCAGGGAAAGAACCAAGACCAAGUCAAUAAGGCUGUGCUGAGGAUAAAGGAGAUCAUCUCUGAGGACGUGUUGAGGGCCUCUGCAGCAUCAGGAGGAGGACAUGUGCCUGUAAUGCCUCCCCUCACACUCUACCCUCAGCCUCCUCGCCCCGUCAUUACCCCAUCCGUGCCACGGAUGCCCAACACCAACUCAGUGCCAGGACAUCGGCCUGCAGCUCCUCAUACAGGGAGCUUUGUCCACACAAAGAUUUUUGUGGGUUUGGACCAGUCGUUGCCAUCAUUCAACGUGAAUGAAAAAGUUGAAGGUCCAGGAGGUUCGUACCUGAGUCACAUCCAGACAGAGACGGGAGCUCGAGUCUUUCUCAGGGGAAAAGGUUCAGGCUACAUUGAACAAGCAUCAAAACGAGAGUCUUUUGAGCCUCUUUAUGUAUACAUCAGCCACCCAAAUUCAACUGGAUUGGAGUCGGCGAAGAAACUAACAGAGAGUCUGCUGGAAACUGUGAGAGAAGAACAUGCCCAUAUGAUGUCCGUGUACACAGCCACCGGCUCAACACAACCAUACGCAGCACAUGGAUUUCCACCUAAUAGCAAUUACUCUAGCCAGGGGUCCUGGUAUAACUACCCAGCAAAUGGGUAUGCUGGCGGCUAUCCAGCGUACUCAGGAGCCAGUGGUUAUUGGAGUAAUGCAAAUGGUCCCCCAAGUCAUUCUAACAUGUCGACAAACCCUCCAUCUUCUCAGGCAAUGGUUCAGUAUCCGGUGUGUCCUCGGAAACCGCAUCCCUAUCUCGUCCAGGAUUCCGGCAGCAGCAGGACAGUGGAGCCUGAAGGAUCUCUGAACACCGCCUCUGACUCAGGAAGUCCCAAACGUCAUUUCCAGGAGGGGGCUAAGGAAGAAGAGCCUAGCAGCAGAUCACCAGAGGGUCCUGCUCACCAAGAGUCUGCACUUCCUGCCUCCAGUGUUGUAGAGGAGAAAGUAGUUGAAAGGAUUCUGAUGCCUCCACCACCCCCUAUCUUUGUGGCUCCUGCCCCUGUUGCACGCAAAAGGCCAAAAGACACGGCGACAGAAGAUCCAGUCAGUCUGCCUGGCACCACCGCGUCAAUGGGUGUUCAAGAGGAGGUGUGCGUGAAGAAGUCUAAAGUGGACGAAGAUGCAUCAGGGCUAGUGCCCUACGGAGGAGACUCCUCCGAUGAAGAGGAGGAGAGGACACACAGCAGUAAGACCGAUAACUCAUAACCCCUGCCCCGCCUCAUCCCCACUGUCAAGGAUACCCACAGACCCAAAGUCUACAUUCAGUAUAUCAACACAGUUCUCAGACCCCAUUCAAGGAAAAAUCCACCCUCACAUUUUCAUACACUGUUUUGGGACUACACCAGUGUUUUUAGCCCAUUUUCUCCAAAGAACAAAUGCAGUGUUGUUGACAACUUUCCAAGCAGAAUUUUACAUUUGUUUUGGUUUUUCUUUCCAUCCAAGCAGACACCUAUUUUUUCCCCAUUGACCUCUGUCUGGCACUUGGGACACUUGGCUUGAAAUUUCUGUUGCCACUCUGUGUAAUGACAUCCAUUUUGUUUUAGGACUUUAAAGACAGGCGACCAAGCUUCACACACACAUGACAAUCUUUAUAUAGCAUCCAUAUUAAGUUCAGAUAAUAAGCAGGAAACGGGCUGGAAAAAAACACUGGUAUGGUCUUUGAAUGAUCACCAGUUUAUCAUGUUUUGGUGCUGUCCUGGACUCUUAGGAAGAUUUUAUUUUCUUGUCCUGAUGUACAUUUUGCUUUGUAUACUUCUGGUUCAGUUCGUGUUUGUUUUUUUCAUUUUGCUUUUCUGUAACCUCUCACAAUGGGUGCGAACCUGUUAGCAUAUUUUAAAUUUAUACCCACCUACUAUAGUAACUGUAAAUAUAGAAAAUAGCCCAACUGGUACAUUGUGCAUACGUUGUAGCCACAUGACUUAAAAUGCAGCACAUCUUGUGGCUUCAUGCUCAUUAGGGACUUCUGGGGUUGUUUUAGAAAAUAAAAUCUUUUUUUAGUGUUUUCUCCCUUGUGUUAUUACUGUCUUAAUAGAAGCCUUUUUCAUACUCUAAGGGUUCUGACUCCAAAACAUGCACUUACAAUCUUAAAAACACAUAUUUUUUACUGUUAAAUUAUAGUAUCACUAUUAAACCAAAUAUUCACUUUUAACUGUGUGGAUGUAUUCAGGGUGGAUUUUUCCUUUUUAAGAUGUGAAUACUGUUGUAUAAUAACUACAAAUGGGUUUUUUUAUUUCUUAAAACACUUGUUUCAUUUUUCAUAGCAUCUUUUGUUAAUCAAAAACAUUUCCUUUUUUGAAUUUAAACACUUGGUCUGCUGCAGUUGCUGAUGCUAUAAAUACAUAUUGUAAAAUUCAGUGAAACUUUUUUCAUAUCUUGGAAAAUGGUGUAUGCCUGUUCCCAUGGAAUACUAUAAUAAAAACACCUAAAAACCC